UUCAAACACAUUACUUCCUAUUGGGACGAGUCUCUUUAGCCAGCUCUCGAUUAUACCUAUAAUUCGAUUUGUCGAGAUAGGGACAACCACUUCAUGGCUUGCGCAUCUCAAUAGGGUUCUCAAUAACCUUUCCCUCUAUAUUUUCUUAUCUCUUCGGCCUUGGAUAUCCCAGCCAGUUGUGUCGUGGUCCUUCCACCCAGCUGAACUGUCUCCACGUGCUUGAAGCAGAAACCCUCCGACAAAGGUCCUUCUUAGAUCUUUGACGGAGUCCUUCCACACAACCGCCAUCAUGCCGGGCGGCGUCUGCGCAGUUCUCGAUUACGAGACUGAACUCAUGGCAGAAUAUGUGGCUGAUAUGACGGUGCGAGUCAUUCUCCCUAAGUCAUCGGUUUCUGGCGCGUUCAGGAAGUUCGUAAACCAGAUCCUUACUUCUACACGACUCCCGAGCACCACCAUCCUCCUCGGAAUGAAUUACUUGGCUAAGAGAGUCAAUAUGCUUAACCAGUCUGGUUCAUUCAAUCCGAAUGAGGGCCAGAUGUGGAAAAUGCUGACUAUUGCUCUUCUCCUCGGUAGCAAGUUCCUCGACGACAAUACCUUCCAGAAUCGAUCAUGGUCCGACGUUAGUGGCAUUGCAGUAUCGGAACUCAACACUAUGGAAAAUGAGUGGUUGAAACAUAUCGGUUGGUCAUUGUAUGUCAAUCUUGACCAGAGCCACGACUACAAUGCGUGGCUUAAGAGCUGGAAGGAAUGGGAAGAGAACAAGAAGUUCCACCAGAUCCAGCAACAACAGCAACAACAACAACAGCAGCAGCAACAGUCCCACAUCGCUAUGCGCGAGAGGUUGGCACCAAUUGUUACUGCUAUUCACUCGGAGCCAGUACGGCAACAUCAUCCCCUUGCCUUGCAGAGCUGGGCACAGGAGGAAAUUGCCGAGCACGAACGCUUCAGCAUGAAUGCCAGGCUCGCCCAUGUCGGGACAACUGGCUAUCGAUGCCGAGAGGGCUCUUGGCAAAGUUCAUAUUGUAAUGCUUGGCCGCAGCCUCAGGCUCCUCUGACUCCUCCGGAUUCUGGUUACGGAACCCCCGAGUAUCUCAACUCGGCUGCUUCAGUGAAUGCCUCUUAUGAUGAGUGGUUCUCUCAGGCUGUCAAUGGGGGUUACAACAGACACUACAAGCCACCUGGUCACAACGGAUACGGAUCCCGUAGCGGAUCCCAUUUCCCUCAGCAUUACUGUUCCCAAUAUGGUUCUGGUCCUUGGGAUCCGAGCUUUCCUGAAUGCUGUACCCAAUGUCGGGUUCAGCGCCAUGGCACAGGGGCUGUUUACGUGUAAUAGCACAGUGAUACCCAAUCGGUGAUGGGUUAGGCCCGGUUUUACGAUGCCGAGGUUUUAUGAUAUGGGGAUUACUUGCACUAAUGUC